GAAAGCUAGGAGGGAAAAGGAUUAUUUUAAUGCUCUUCAGUACAUUGAUUAUUUGACAGUUGUAGUGUAGAAAUACAAAAGUACUCUUAGGUUUUCCUUCAGAUUUUCAAAAUAACUUUCCCCAUUAGUAAACUAUUUCUGCAAAUUGCUAUUGCAUUUCCCAGCUAACCAUUUAAAAGACUGUAAAUGUUGUGUGCAUUACUUUGCCCCAGAAGAAAGAGGUCAUACUGAAUUGCAUUGGUAUUUAAACAUGAAAUACGGUUUAAAAAAAAUCAAAAUAGAUCAUCUAAAAGUAAAUUUGGCACAUUCACACAGGAUAAGUAAAGACAAAUAUGUUCGUAUCUUCAUACCCAUCCCUUUAAAACCUGAAAGUGCUGAUUUUUUUUUACAAUAAAUGUAGAAGUUAACAUAUAGAAUGUAUUUCUAUCUGUAUUUGUCACAGAGGGUUCUUCUUUAGCAAGCAGCUUUGUUUACAAAGGUAAAAUACUUUUUAUUAUAGUAUAUAGAUUAUGCAUUCCCCACAGAGUAAAUAAUCACAUUUAACUUACAAACUCAAAGCCUUUCAUUAUAUAUACCUAAAUUCUCAAUAAGUAAUUCCCUGGCCCCUCAGAGGUGGAUAUGCACAUAAUGUUAAUUUGGGCAUAUCCACCAACAUAUGUAUAUGAGUUUGAGAAACAUAGAAGUUGAUAUAUCUUUUCUUAAAAAAGAAUUUGAAUACAGUCCAUCAUCUGAAUUGGGUUCAUCUUUGAUUGUAGAGGCGGCUGACAUGGUCAACAAAUUUAUCAAAGAAAUCCCCUGGCUUUUGAAGAAUAGUACUUUAUACAUCUGGAUCUGCACAUCCAGGCAAAGUAAGUAAAUUAUUGCAUAACUUUAAGCAUAAUUGAUACCAGACACCUUUAAUUUUUCAUCCCCAUUCUUUUGGCCAGCUUUCACAUUAAUAAUCUAAGCCAUAAAUGUUGGUAGCUAUUGAUCGAACUCCCCUGUGUGCAUGCAAAUCCAUCUUAAAGUCCCCUGCCUUUCAUGUGUGAGCGCUCAGGGGCCUCUCCUAGAUCUUUUUAUGGGGAUCGACCCCCAAUGUGCCUGGAGAAGACCCCGGAUAUGCAACGUAGGCUGAUGGCCACAAGAAAGCUGUCUGUCACAUUCUCUCUGUGUGUAUGUGUGUGAAUGCGUGUGCUCACGCCUUCACACAUACACACACACAAAACGAUGGGGGAAGUUAAAGGAACAAAAGAAUGUAUUAGACAAGAAGAAAGAUGUGUAAUAGGAGUAUUAAAAAUGUAUAAGUGUAAAGGUGUCUGGGUGCACAUACAAAGAUAUUCCUAUAAAUUGUAUGUCUAGACAAAUUCCCAAGUAUCCCAGCCUUUAUAUUUCUCCUUUUGACACACCAAAUUGUACCCUUAGUUUUAAAAAAAUACUUAAUAUUCAACUAGUUUUUAAAACCAUCUAUAUUGUCAGUAUUUUAAAGAUUGAAAGAGAGGAAGGGAGAGGGAAAGAAGGUAAUUUUGAAACGGUUACUAAAUCACGUUGCCAUAUGCAGGAGGAAUAGGAGUGUGUGUGUGUGUGUGUGUGUGUGUGUGUGUGUGUGUGUGUGUGUGUCCGUGUGCGCGCACGCGCGCGCGGCCUAGUGCGCGCGCAGGCGCGCAAAUCUAAAUAGGAAUCGAGAACUAGAACUACCUGCCCCCCCCCCAAAAAAAAAAAAAGAAAAGAAGAAAAGGCGUGGGUGGGGGCACCGCUGUAGGCAACCUAUUGUAAUAUCUUCUCAAAGGCUUUUCCCGAGUUUACUAUUUCUUGGCUGUUUGACUCGGGUCGAAAUCUUAAGGCUGGGGGAGGGGAAUUGGAUGGGAGUUGGGUGGGAGGGAGAGGCUGGCAGUAUAUAAGUGCAUCAGGAGGGAUUUUAAAACAUUGUUGCUAGCAAUUGAAAGGCUGUUGUUAUUCUACCUUAAAAAACAAAAUCAGCAUCUGCUUUUCCUGGAAACUUUGCUUUCUGCUUAAACCUUGUGCAUUUUCCCUCCUGUGAAAGUGAAAGAGAAAAACGCGGUGUGAUGGAUCCAGAUGCAAAAGAAAGCCAACUCGGUGGAUGGUAUUAGCUGUGACGAGGCAUUGUUCAUUGCCGCCUGUGGGUUACGUUUAAAGCCUGAAAUAUCACGAGAUCCAUUCAAUGAUCCUUCUCUCAUUCAAGGAACAAAAAUGUAAUUUGCUGUAGCUCUGAUUUCUUGGAUGGAAAUGCUAGCCUUAGAUUUCAAAGGCAAGAACUAGACAUCGCGGUUUGUACACACAUUGAUUAAGUUGAAGAGCGGCGAUUACAUCUGUGCUGAGUGCAACAGUAGUCCAGGGCUGACUUUUCAAAUCCCAACCUCUGAGUUACAGACUCUCUUAAAUAGACUUCCUUAAUUUCCGGAUGCACUUCUUGAAAUUCCCAAUUCUCUUCAAAAUUCCUGGGACAUUACAAGGGAUCUAAGGGUGGGGGUAGGGCACUAUGGCUGAGAUUUCAUGCAAACUACCUUUUUGUAAAGAUUCCUCAGUUUUCAUCUUUUUUCUGUUUUGGAGCUAUAUCUGCUUUUGCUAGCCAGACCAGAGGAAUGAAAGCUGGAACUUCUGAACAUGAAGAAAGAAAUUAUUGUACAUUUUUUUUUCUUGCAGGCUCAGAAAUAUCCAUUUAUUCUUCUGACCUCACGGAUGUCUACUUUUGGAAGAACAAGGAAACAUAAAUGCAUGGGUUAUAUUUAUGCUGUAGUUGCAAACAUCUAAGGGUUAAGAAGAUUUUGCCGAAUUUUGCAAAGCAGCCAACAAACCGCCUUGGGAUUGUGGUAACACAACUGGAAAGACCCUUGCUCUCAUUUGGCAAUAUUUUGGAUAUCUUUGAAAAUGACACCAAUAUAUGCCUAAAUUUGACUAAGAAGAGGUUAAACAAUAUUGAUAUUCAUCCAAAGUGAUUUUUUUUUUAAAAAGCAGAUGCUUGGCUUUCGUGUGGAAAAAAUGAAAAUUGUGGAAGAUUCAUUUAAACUACCAAUUAAAAGCAUCAUAGAUUAUUGAAAUAGUCUGCAUUGUACAUCAGCAUUUCUUUUCACUGUUACUACGUAAAACCUCUGGAAGUACUUUGGGCGUUUUACAUUUUCUUUUCUUUGCUGCAGAAACAAGCAGCUCCUGGAAUUCUGACCUGCGGUGAACAGCACCUAGGCAAAGGCUUGUGCUGGGGACUCUGGAUCCCGUCCCCAGUCCAGCCUGGUUAAUUGUGAAAAGAGUACACAUUUCUAGCUUAUCUAUGCUUUGUUAUGGGUCUGACGUGAAACUACCUCCUCCUUACGCCAUCCCCUAGCAGAGAACCCAAAUCCAGAUGAAUUGUUACAGUGUUUUGGAGCUGGAGCCUUGAACUGCUUCCUUGGUCAAAUAACUUUGUUCCUGGUUGUAAAAAAAAAAAAAAGUAUUGCAGAAGGAAAAAAAAAAAAAAAAAAAGGAAAAUCGAGCGAAAUUCAAAACGUAAGUCCAUACUGGGGCGGUUCGCCGCGUGGGUUUAACUUUGGAGCUCGUAGCUGGUCUCCUUCCCCAUUCCCAUAAGGGAAAUACCAGGCUUAUUCUGCACAUUUUCACUUACGCUCCAUUUUCCAAAGGAAAAGGGGGGGUGGGUGUAUCUAUUUAAGCUCGAUAAUGUUUUUAAAAUGCUUUUCUUUGAAAUAAUAGCAGUAGCAGUAAAAUGCAAAUAAAGCAAAAAAAAUAGGCAGUAUUCCUUUAAAGGCGAAUAUACAGGGGUUUUUUUUUUUCCUUUUUUUUUUUUAAGCGUACACACUCUGGUUCAGAUGAAGUCUGUGAGUCAGGCUGUUUCUGAGCUCCGAUAGUUUAAUGGAAAGAUUUAUAUACCAACUGUAUUAUUUACUUUGGGAGGGGAGGUGGCAGUAUAAGGGUAUGCUAAUUAGUGGGAGAUUUUGGGGGGAAGGGGUGGAAUAUCAAUUUUUAUUGCAUCACCUGUCAGGAGUGUCCAAUCAGCGUUGGCUUUAGGGGAAUUAAUUGAUGAAGGUGUCUCCGGACGAGCUCACUUCACUCUGUCAUUUUAUUUGUAGCUAAAGCAGCGACGGGAAUAGCAGCUGCAUUUCUUUUCUCUUUCUCCCUUCACAUUCCAUUAUCAAAGUGCUCCAAUGGAGAAGGAAGAAACAGAGGGGCCCAGGUACUGAUCUGCAUCUGGGACUUACACUAACACACUGGCAGAUCAGAGACCGGAUGGUUUUUCCCCUCUCUUUUUAAAAAAACGAAAACCAAAAAAGCAAAAAGGCAAGAAUCAAGUUAGUGUAAUCUCACGUUUGUUGUUUUUUUUAUGGCUUUUUUUCUUUUUUCUUUUUUCUUUUGGUGUUUUUCCUCCCCCCCCCCCCCCCCCAAUAAUUUCGCCUAGAGUUUGGCACUCCCUUAGCCGGGAAUAACAGUCUUUGUUAUUUUAUUAGCAGGAUGCCUUGAGACACACGCAGCAUCUGGUGGAGGAUUAACAUACAUACAUGUGUAUGUAUGCGUCACGUAUAUAUUUGCUGCAAAUGGUGGGGAUCAUUUAGUGCCCGAGAUGGGAGACCUGAAGUCAGGUUUUGAAGAGGUGGAUGGCGUGAGGCUCGGCUACCUCAUCAUUAAAGGGAAGCAAAUGUUUGCCCUCUCCCAAGUCUUCACGGAUCUGCUGAAAAACAUCCCGAGGACGACCGUGCACAAGCGCAUGGAUCAUCUGAAAGUGAAGAAGCACCACUGCGACCUGGAGGAGUUACGGAAACUCAAGGCCAUCAACAGCAUCGCCUUCCACGCCGCCAAAUGCACGCUCAUCUCCCGGGAAGACGUGGAAGCGCUGUACACCUCCUGCAAGACCGAGCGGGUUCUCAAGACCAAGCGCAGGAGGGCCGGCCGGGCCCCGGCCACCGAGGCGCCCGCGCCGCCGGAGCGCGCCGCCGCCGCCGCCGCGGGCCCCCGCCCGGCCUGCUGGAGGGACCGGCACCAACUUUGGCGCCUGGGAGCCGCGCGGCCGCUGCCAAUCAGCGCGCAGGCCCCGCGCCCGGGCGCCGCCGCCGCGCGCCCCGCCGCCCAUCUACCUCAGAUUUUUAGCAAAUACCCGGCCUCGCACUACCCGGAGAUCGUGCGCUCGCCGAGCAAACCCCCUCUAAACUAUGAAACUGCCCCGCUCCAGGGAAACUACGUCGCCUUCCACUCGGACCCGGCUUACUUUCGGACUCUGCUGUGCAGCAAGCACCCGGCCGCCGCCGCCGCCGCAGCCGCCGCCGCCGCCGCCGCCGCUGCCGCCGCCGCCGCCUACUACCAGGCUUCGGCCGGACCCCCGCCCAAGGCGGCGGCGGGCGCCGCUGGCGGCCCGGGGAGCCCGACCUACCGCUGCCGGCGCAGGCGCGGGGGCGCCAAGGACUGCCUGCUCGCGCCCCACGCCGGCGCCCGCCGCCUGCUGCUGCUGCCCAGGUCCUACAAAGCCAAAGCGGCCACGGCGGCGGCCCCCGGGGCCACUUGCCUGGAGAGGUUUCAUCUGGUUAACAGCUUCUGCCCGCCUCCCCACCACCACCACCACCACCAUCACCACCACCAUCACCACCACCACCACCACCACCGGGCCCAGCAGCCGCUGCAGAGUCACCACCCCCCGCAUCACCCACGGCCACAGCCCCAUCUGGACAGCUUUCCCGAGAGUUGCAGCAGCGACUCGGAGUCCAGCUCCUACUCGGACCACGCAGCCAACGACUCCGAUUUUGGCUCCAGUUUGUCCAGCUCCAGCAACUCUGUGUCCUCGGAGGAAGAGGAGGAGGGAGAGGAGGAGGAGGAGGAGGAGGAAGAGGAGGAGGAAGAGGAGGGGGUCACUGGGGCCUCGGAUUCCAGUGAAGUCAGCUCGGAGGAGGAGGACUCAUCCUCAGAAUCGGACUCCAGCUCUGGCUCCAGCCAAGUGUCAGUGCAGAGCAUCCGUUUCAGGCGCACCAGCUUCUGCAAGCCGCCCAGCGUGCAGGCGCAGGCCAACUUCUUGUACCAUCUGGCCUCCGCCGCCGCUGCAACCCACCCCGCUGCUUUCGAGGAUGCCGGCCGACUUCCCGACCUCAAGAGCAGUGUCAAAGCGGAGUCAGCGGAGGAAUGGCCUCUGCAGAGCUGGGCUCCCAAAGCGUCUCCGGUGUACUGCCCGGCCAGCCUGGGGAGUUGUUUCACAGAGAUAAGGAACGAUAGGGUAUCUGCGAUUACAUUCCCACACUCUGAAAUUCCCAGUACUGUAAAGAGAACUGACCUGACAAUUAACUGCCUGGCAGAGGGGGCCUCUUCACCUAGCCCAAAGACAAACAAUGUAUUUCCACAACAAAGAAUACUCCGAGAAACUAGGAAAUGCCUGCAAGCAACUCCUGCACACUGUGCAGAUAACAACACAAUAGCUGCUAGGUUCUUCAACCGUGAUUCCUCACUAGCAGCAGCAAAUUCAGAAAAAGAUUCCAAAAUCACCCCUUGUAUUGAAUUUGCUACGGAUUUGCCCUCUUUGCAGACUGAUCCUGGAGUGGAUGCAGCAGCAGCAGCAGCAACGAAAGCAGAGAAUUCAUGUGCUGACACAGGCGACAAGACACUGCCACUUCUGCACAAUAUUAAAAUCAAAGUUGAAGACAAUAGUGCUAAUGAAGAAUAUGAACCUGACCUUCUUACCAAUAAGCUAAAGUGCGAGUGCAAUGAUACAAAGGGUGAGUUUUACAGUGUGACUGGAAGUAAAGAGGAGGAUGCCUUGCUCACCACAGCCAAGGAGGGGUUUGCAUGCCCUGGAGAAGAAACUCCUUCCUUAAAGCCACUGGCUCUGAGACAGGGCCUGUCAUGCACUUUAGGUUCUCCAAAGCCUGAGGAUGGGGAAUACAAAUUUGGUGCCAGGGUGAGAAAAAAUUACCGGACACUAGUCCUGGGAAAGCGACCUGUACUUCAGACACCUACAGUCAAACCAAAUUUGAAAUCAGCUAGAAGUCCUCGUCCUACAGGUAAAACUGAGACACAUGAAGGAACACUGGAUGAUUUUACAGUUAUAAACAGACGCAAAAAGGUAGCCAGCAAUGUAGCGUCAGCAGUGAAAAGGCCAUUUAAUUUCAUGGCAAAUUUUCCUUGUCCACCAUCACUCACUAUUGGGAAGGAUGGGGAUUUGUGGCCUGCAUAUUCCUUAAACACCACUAAGGAUUCCCAACCUCCUCACAAGGCCCAUCCUAUCUGGAAAUGGCAGCUGGGCGGUUCUGCAAUACCUCUUCCACCUAGUCACAAAUUCAGGAAAUUUAAUUCAUAAAAGUGUUUUGGAAGAUAUUUUCUUGAACCAUAUUACCUUCCUUUUGUUGUAAACUGCACAGGAUGGUUUGUACAAGUCCAUUAAUAUGUUACACCCCUUUUGGAGUCCUGGUUUAUCACAUUUGAAGACAGAAAUCGGAUUACUUUUUUUUUUUUCCCAUUGUGGGUUUGUGUGUGUUUUUUUUUUUUAGUAGGGUGGGGGUGGGGUGGGAGAAUGCUUGGUUUACAUUCCACAGACUACUUCAGGCUAAAGACUCAAGUAAAACUCAGUUAUUAUGGUAGAGCUGGAACACUUUACUGUUUUAAUGCUAAUAAUGCACCCGGUACCUCAAUUCAACUGCUACAAAUAAAUGUCAAAAGGUUGAAUAAUAAAUAUUACAAUGAGCCAUUAAGUUUAUGCACUAGAUUUCAGACCUGAAAGUGUAACUUCAUUCAGUGAAAGUUUGCUAGGUUACAUAGUUACACAGUGAGGUAGCAAGAAGUUUCUGUGAGCCCAAAAUGUUCUCUUCUGGAGCUCCUUUGUGGGGUGUCUUUUUCCUUUUCUCCCCUCAUUCCCUCUCCAAAAGUAGUUGCACUUAAUUUUUCCUUUUUUGAGUGGAAAGACUGGGAGUCUUGAUUGAAUGCUGGUAAAAGCUGCCUCAUAUAUACUGAGUAAAAUAAAUAUGAGAUUGUAUUUCUUUUGUAAAGGGUGUGAUUUUACUUUUAUAGCCACUCCUUGCAAUUGGAAGAGACCUUUUUGUGUUCUCACCCAAAUGUUUUAAAUAAGGUGACUAGUACCUUCAUCCUGCUUACCUUGUACUAUGAACAUGACUCCUCAUGCUUGCAAAACAAUUAAAAUUCAACUUGCAAAACAAUUAAAACAUUUCUCUUAAGGGCAGGAUAUUUUAUGGUCUGACUCCUCAUGGUGUCAAAGCAUUAAAAAUUCCCAAGAAAAGUAAAAUGAGUCACAGUUGUAAGAAUACCCCAAAUCAAAAAUAACAGUUAUUUCAGGGCACUAGAACUCAGGCACUUGGAUUUUAUUACAUUUUACUUUUUCUGCAUCUCUCUAAACUUCUGUUUUCAGACCAUCCUGUGUAUAGAGCAGGAGAGUUUCUACUGCAAGUGACAAUCAGAGGUGACUAUCUAUGUUUGCACUUAAAAUCAAAGUAGUUCAACAUGCAAAUGGCUAGGGUCUAGCCCUUGGUAAGGGCCAUGCUGGUGUACUAUGUUGUGAUGAUGGAAGCAGUAAAUCAAAAUUAUGGAAAUUUGCACUGUUGAAAAGCAUGCUUUAGCUUUAUUUUCAAUUAAAAACACUGUUUAAAAUUCCUGGUUCCAUACAUUUCUACUUAUUCCAGAUUGAAAAAGGGUUAACAGAAAUGAAUGGUUUUGUUGACAUUUUCACUUGUAAUGUUUUUGCCUGAAAGAAAUGCAUUUAUUGGGUGUAGUGUUUUGUUGUAAUACCAACCGAUGAUGCCAGCGAGUUUCUGUGCAAAUCACUGGUAGAUUUCUUCCUAAAUGAGGACAAAACUUUAUAAACUUGGAACAAAGCAAGUGCAAAAAGUUUUCAGGUUUAAGAAAGUGAAGCAGAGAUCAACUGCUAUUUUAAUGAAAAUUGCAUCUAAUAAAUUUUUGUCCACCUCCCUUAGCCCCACAAAUUAUGUAUCUCAGAUCUUUGCCAUCUGAAACUUAAGGAGCUGCAUCUAUAGAUCAUAAAUCACAAAACAAAACAAAACAUCAAUGAAAUGUUUACUGUGUGAAUUUAAGUCACUAUUUCUCAUGGAAAUUCAGUCUCUUUUCCCCCUUAACCUUUUAAUUCCUACUCCCUUUGAAACUUUUCUUUUGUCUAUAAAUGUUUCAGAUAGAUCUGGAUGAUCUCAGCCCUAAUUGCUGUAUAUGCUCUGUGGUUUGACUCUUAUUGUAAAAGACAGAGGCUGAGCAUACCUGCAUCCAAAUACAUUUGGAUGGAGUAAACAGAUGCUUUGAACUGCCUCCCUUUCUUUCCUUCUUGAAUGUUGCCAGAUGUAAGUGCACUGGAUCCCUUUUUAUUGGCAUGAUAGAUAUGGUAAAAGCAAAAAAUUGGGGGCUGUUAUCCUUGACUUCAUGUUUGUGCAUAAUUCCAAAGACCAGUACAAGUUACAGUUAAAGCACCAGAAAGCUGAACAAUUGGCUUCUCAGUCUGCGUUCUUUCCUCCUUGGAAGGCAACACAGAAAUUGGGUGCAAUGAGUUGUCUUAUAAAGUCAAUCUGUAAAAAGUGACAUGCACACACUGGAAGCCUGUCAUUUCCAGUCUUUACUGCUAAGUCAAGAAAGUUCAAAAUAUGAUGACUACUAUAUUUAGACUAGGACUUUUCUUAUUGGUUAUGGAAUCACUGUUAUGAAAUUAUAAAUUGAGAAUAUAUUUGAAGCCUACAGAUCUUGGGUGUGGGGGACCACGAGAUGGAGUAAGCAUGCUUUAAAACAAAUAUGCCCUAUAGAAUUUCCAGCUUUGACACUUGGUCUCCAGUCCUCAGAGAAUCAAUAGUUUCAGUUUAUGGGAGCUGGAGAAUGAGCAGCAUGGAGGCCCAGGCAUUCCAGAGUGAUACCAUCAAAAGGAAAGAAAUUAAGUAGUCAACACAAAUUUCACCCCACAGUACUCCUACAAGCCAGCCAACCACAGCAAAACUUUGAGUUGGGGCUUCUGUCGGGAAAGUGUACCAAAUGGUAUUCAGUCACUUGCAAAUACAAGGUAUUCUUUCAAUUUCUGGUAGCCCCUUAGCUGUUUGCCCAUUCUGCUGUGGGGAUUAUUCUUAGGACAGUGUAUUUCAUUUUGGUUGUCUUACGACUAAUGACAAUAUCUAGAUUCCCUAAGAUACUAUAAAUGUGCCAUUUGUUAAAAAAUGUAGGCCUUAUUGAGAGAAAAACAAAAUUUACCUCCAUUGACAGAUUGCAUUUUUACAUUUAAAUGUUUUCAGGGGAUAGAAUAUUUUUUUAAAAGGCGCUCUAUGGUCCCAGGAGUACUGAGUGUUGAUUCCUGUGUCUAAAGCUCAACACUUACAGACAUGAGGAAAAUGCAGGAAAGGGCUCUUUCUCUGACUUUUUGAGGAAAGAAGCUUAUUUUGGGUCUUCUAGAAAAGUAGUUUCCUAAUAAGAUUGUGAAAUGAAGAUUUAAUUAUUUUUUAAAGAGAUGUGUGUAGUCUGUCUUCAGCAGCCAGGUUAUCUGCCUUUUUUGAAAAGGCAGCUUGCCCUUAUUCAAUGAUUUACUUUUUAAAGUGGGUGUUCUUUCCUACUGGCUUACUUGAUUACAGUGGAGUAAUCUCAAUAAUGGUUGUUUACUUUAAAAUCAACAACAAGGAGCCACCACUAAACAGCAAUAACACAAACUAGAUGGGCUGGUGUGUGGAUUUUUAUCUUAUCUGUGUCUGGGUGAUUGUAGAAAUUCCUCAAAGUUCCAGUCCCAAGAAUUGGAAGUUUCUGCUGAUAUGAGAAUAAUAGUUUUGUUUGCACGCAGGAAGAGAUGUAGACUAAUUCCUCAAAAGCAUUUUUUCUUCUUUCAAAGAAAAUGAAAAUCCUCA